UGGUCGCGCUGUAUGUUUGGUUCUGUUGAUUCUGUAGCAUUGCACAGUAACAUGCAAGUGCAUUAAAUGUGUUUUGUGGCUUACAUUAUUCAAAUCAGUCAGUAGCACUGCCAAAACAUAUCGUUUUAUGAGUCCGUCAAAACCGUAAACGCCUUAACACGCCCAAAACUGAUUUGCAUGUUAGUCUGGUAAAUUUUUAAAGGCAUCCAGGGAGAUGCACAAAAAUAGGGAAAAAAACCCUGGAGGAAACAAGAACACGUAAUCACUGCAUUUUUUGGUGUUGUUGCAAGCGCGUUCACACGGACUGCACGCUCAUUCCCAUCGUGACAGAAAGCGUGUUUAUGCGAUCUAAUCGGCAUAUUUAGGGAUAUUUGCAAAAGUGUGGCGUAUUUCUUUCUUCAGUGGGUUUGGAAGAUAAUGCAAGUUGGUGCACGACCCGUUAUUUAGGAUUUAGCCUAUAUACUAAAGCUUUAAAGUUAACAGUAUUGUGCUUGACCAUCGGUUUUGUCCAGAUUUCAUCAGGAACAAACUGUUCUAGUGCUUGCAAAAAGGAGCGUCUUGAUCGUUUGGAUACUUAAAGGAUUGUCUGUCCUAUUGGAUUGCUUACCUGUCGCGGAGCCUGGAAGUCCUCACGUUGUUAUCCAGUGCAGACCGCAACUACAGAAAGCUGGUCCAAAGUGCAGGGGAACAUCUUUGGAACCAGACCCACUAACGCUGCACCAGCAGGACUUCAGCCAUCGAUCUCACAAGGGAGUCAGCCUACCAACAUGCAUGAGUCUGAAGUGCAGGGAAAUGGAUCCAGACUCACCAAUGCUUUAGCAGCAGGAUUUCAGCCAUUGACCUCACAAGGGAGUACACAUGCAAUCACAGUCACAUCAUCAUUCCUCUCUUGACAAUGUUCAAUACCCUACUCUGUAUGACCUUAUGCAACAGCAAACUAACAUCACCGCUCAGCUGGUUCAGAACCAAGCCUUAACCUCUCUUCCUCCACGAGCUAUCCCAGAGUUUGAUGGUGAUCCACUUAAAUAUGCUGCCUUUAUUAGAGCUUUCGAGCAAGCUAUUGAAAAGAAAACUACAGAUAAACAAGAAUAUCUUUAUUACCUAUUAGCAAUAUUAGCAAUUUACCAGAGGGCAGCCAAGAGAACUGGUUUGGAGUUGCUAUAAUAUGGCUUCUGGGCAGGGCUAUGAGAGAGCAAAGAAUCCAUUGGAAGAACACAUUGGAAAUGAAACGAAAAUUGCUGCAGCUUAUAUGGAGAAGGUUAUGACGUGGCCAAUGAUGAGGGUUGAUGAUAUUAAUGCUCUGCAGUCUUUUUCAAUCUUUUUAAGGGACUGUUGCAAUGUCAUGGAAGAUUUGCAGUAUAUGGAGGAGAUGAACGUGCCAUCUAAUCUUCGCCUGAUAAUGAUGAAGUUGUCAUAUAAACUGAGGGAAAAAUGGAGGUCUGUCGCCUGGGAGCUACAGGAGCGCCGUGGUUAUAGAGCUAUGUUCCCAGACUUCAUGGCCUUCCUUGAGCGUCAGGUUGAAGAUGUCUAACUGCACCCUCAAAAUCACUACCGCAGUCGAGGACCUACAAAAAGCCACUUCCAUCCCCACCUUCAUUUUCGGAGUCCUGGGGAACAUUUACGUCUUGGUGAUGUUCUGCCGCCGUCCCAGAGCAAAAUGGACCUACAUGAACGUCUACAUCGCCAACAUGGCCAUUGCUGACUGUGCUCUGUUGAUGUUCCUGCCCGUUAAGAUUCAUUACUACAGCCGGCCGUUGGAAGAGCAUUUGAAGGCGCUGUGUAAUUGUGUUUUGUUGGUUUAUUACGUCAACAUGUACGUGAGUAUCUUCACGAUCACGGCCAUAAGCGUGGUGCGGUAUGUUGCCAUCAAGUAUCCCAUGAAGGCCAGGAACAUCUUCUCUUGCAGGAAAGCUCUGGUGGUUUGGCUCAUAUGGUUAACCAUUUGCUCCAUCAGCCCGGUUUACUUCGUUACGGACUCCAAUAACGACAAGACCAUGUGUUUCCAGAGGGUCAAGGGGGCAUUGUCAUUGCAUUUCGUUUUGUUGUUGGUCAUCGUCGGAUUCCUCAUGCCGUUCCUCAUCAUGCUGUUCUGCUCCGUUAGAGUCGUUUGCACUUUAAGGAAACAGUUGGACGUCGGAUCGCGUUCGGAGAAGAUCCAAUGCAUGUUCAUCAUUGUGGCCAAUUUAGUUGUUUUCGUCAUAUGCUUUCUCCCCGUCCACUUGGGUUACCUUGUUAAACACAUUGUGCAAAACAAGUAUGAACACGCAGAAGAUAACGAAAGCUGCACCUAUAAACUGGUCGCGCACAACUUCCUGCACAUUGCUCUUUGUAUUUCCAAUAUGAACUGCGGUUUGGACUGCUUUAGCUAUUUUUUCGCAACCAAAACGUCCUGGAAUAUGUGCUGCAUGAAUGAGACUAACAAUACAGAAAGUGAAUGUGUUUCAGGUACAGUUAGUACACCUACGUAAUUGUUUUGACUGGGUUUUGUUUUAUUAUGUGGUUCCUUUGUGAACAUUGUAUACACUCAUUUCUCAUAAAUAAGGGUUGCAGUAUUAAACAAGGCAUUGACAUUAUUAAAAAAAACAGCAUGCUAUGAAUGUACUAUGAAUAUCUUAAUCUGUACAAUAAGUAAGCUAGUAAUAAAUGCUUAUAUUUCUA